AUGGAAUCAAAUGGGAGCGGGACGGGCGUCUUCUUCCUUGUUGCCUUUGGCUGUAUCGGCCUCUUCUUGGUGUACUGGCUUUGGGCGGUGCACAACCGCAAACGACAACAAAGGAUACUUGGAUUCCCGCCACGGCAAUCACUACCACAUGCCCAUCCCGGAGACCGUUCAAACCGCAAUAGAGAUGCAGUAGUUCGAAUGGAAGCAGGCGAGAACACAGAUGGCCUUCCUAAAUACACCCCUCGGGCUGCUAUCGGAGAACAAACUGUCGAUAGGAACGUUACGACCACAGAAUCACGCCAAGCCAAUGAUGAAGUCCGGCCAGGUUUGAUGAGUGCUGCGCCAAGUUUCUUCAGGCAGAUCACCCAGUUCCCGAGCCGACCUCCACCUGCAUAUGAUCCAGCUACCUCUCCGCCCCGAUGA